GGGAGAAGGGGAAAAGUAGUCGGGGGCGGGUGUGACCUCGCAAACGGCCAUGGAGGACGCUGGAGAUGGGGCAGAUGAAGAUGGCGACGGUGGAGACGACGACGACGACGACAAUGCCCAAGGUUCAGGUAGAACAGGUGUACGAGAAACAGAUUGUGGUGGGUGGAAACGAAAGGUGUGGGACAAAUGGUGGGAUAGACGUCGGAGGAGGCGGACAUUGCCGAGACAUGUUGAGGGCAUUGUAGGAGCAGGUUGGGGACAAGAGGGUUUCAGGGUGAAGGCAUGUGGGAGGAAGAUUUCAAGGUGCGGAUAUUAUGAGAAAACGGAGGUUUUACGGUGGUUUUACGAGGACAAUAUGAGGCACAGAGUGGGUACCGAAAAUAAAACACAGCUAAGUGCAAAGAAGCUGUUUUCAUCUCUACCUACCACACGCCAUACCCGCCCUACGAUACCACAUAUGGGCACAGAGUGGGUAACGAAAAUAAAAUACAGCGAAGUGAAAAGAAGCUUUAUCUACCACACACAAAACCCGCACUACGAUACCACAUCCUCCAGCUACAUUCGCAGCUACAUCUCCCUCACAAGUCAGGUAGACCAGGUGCGCGAAAGUGCAAAGAAGCGGCGACGAUCGGGUGCCAGCGGGGGGGCGUGGCCACCCGAAGCGAGAGACGCGGAGCGCGACCCGCGCAGGGCUGCCGGCUCGUCAUUCGAUGCUGCGGACGCGCGGCGGACAAGCGCGAGUUUGCGGAGCCGCAGACGGGCGGGCGCGCGCGGGCGGGGACGGGACUUGAACCCACACCCGCCCGACCGGAAUCAGACCGCCCCGCGCGCGGCCGGCCGAGGACGGCGAGGGGACGGACGAGGACGACGAGGACGAGGUCUGGCGCGGCCCCAGCGCCCUGUUACGUGUCCCACCUGCCCGCGCCGCCCCCAAAUGGACGGCACUUGGCUGCUACUCGGGGCUCGGACUGGGUUUCACGUGGGGAGAUGUGGGGCUGCUAAUACAAUAUGCUCGCAAUAG